AUGCAGCAAGCUCUUUUAAUUUCUAGUUGGUUCCAGAUCAUUUUGUUUGUGCCAGAUGGCGGCUGCCAGCUAUGUUUUGACGUUUGUGGAUUUUGCUUUCAGUUCAGAGUUUCCCUGAUUCAAGCGCCGCGGACUAUCAAGGCCUAUUCUGCCAGAGACAGACCAGGUUCGGACAAGACACCCGGUGGUCAGACUUUGAGCGGGGGUGCAACGUAUGAAGGACAAUGGCGUGGAGAAGACAAACAUGGGGAGGGCAAGUUGAUCUUCGCAGAUGGCUCCAAAUAUGAGGGGCAGUUUGAGUCCGACCGAAAGCAUGGUGUUGGAAAGUACACCUACAGCAAUGGUUCCACCUACGAAGGGCAAUGGAAAAUGGAGGUUCAAGAUGGCCACGGUGUAGAGAAGCUUGUGGACGGUUCAGUCUUCGAGGGCCAGUUCAAGAAUGGCGACAAGUCCGGCAAGGGCAAAUUCACCUGGAACACAGGUGGUUCCUAUGAGGGCGACUUUGAUGCCAAUGAUAUGCACGGCGAGGGCCGGUAUCAGUGGAGCGACGGCCGAAGUUAUACAGGGCAGUGGCGCAGGAACCAUAUGGGCCCAUUUGGCACCAUGAAGUGGACGGAUGGGCGAUGUUAUGAGGGCCAGUUCAGGGAUGGCAAGAAGCAUGGCGAAGGCAAGCUUUCUUGGCCGGAUGGUAGAUCCUACACAGGCACCGCCGACUGUCGUCCAUGUCCCUGUGAAAUACAGCGAAGAACAAAAGUUGGCUUUGUUCUUCCACUUGACGAGUUGGGGAGCCUUCUUUUCGCAACUGGCGAUGGCCUCCAACCUGAUAGCAAAAGGGCCUCCAACUUAAUAGUGUUUAAGAACGCAGUACAUACGUUCUUUGUUUAG